AUAUUCUUAGAGCUGAGAUUCUCAAAUUCUUUUAUUCACUCUUUAAAACCCAUUUCUGGUUUUCCCAUUAAUUCUUUUACAGUAUCUAUCAGUGGUGAAAAAUGGCCAGAACAUUGAUUCCACUGUUGAUUAUUCUGUUUCUUUGCUGCUGCUAUGCAUCAGUCGUUGAAGCAUCAAGAAAGCAUCCAGAAAAUAUAUGAAAUACAAAGAUGCAACGCUACCAGUGGAAGUAAGGAUUCAAGAUCUGUUCAAGAGAAUGACUCUUGCUGAGAAGAUUGGACAGAUGGCCCAAGUCGAACGUGAAAACACGACUGCUCAUAUUGUAAAGAAAUACAAGAUAGUAAAAAUGCUGAACAAGUUUCAAAAGGGAUCUCUGAGAACUCGUCUUGGGAUCCCCUUGAUCUAUGGGAUCGAUGCUGUUCAAGGACACAACCAUGUGUACAAUGCCACCAUCUUCCCUCAUAAUGUUGGCCUAGGAGUAACCAGGGAUCCUGAGCUGGUAAAGAGGAUUGGAGCUGCAACUGCUCUUGAAGUUAGAGCAACUGCCAUUCGUUAUACAUUUGCACCGUGGAUUGCAGGAGAUGUUCCAAAAAACAUGAAUGGCCUCCCAUAUGUUCAUGCAAAGGCAAAGGUGGCAGCUUGUGCAAAGCACUAUGUUGGUGAUGGAGGCACGGUCAAGGGCAUCAAUGAAAACAAUACCAUUGUCAACCCCAAGGCUCUGUUUGGGAUCCAUAUGCCUGCAUACUUGGAUUCCCUCGCAAAGGGUGUUGCCACAAUUAUGGCAUCCUACUCGAGCGUCAAUGGCGUCAAGAUGCAUGCCAAUUACAAUUUGCUUACCAGAUACCUCAAGCACAAACUCGGUUUCAAGGGCUUUAUCAUCUCUGAUUAUCGAGGAAUCGACAAGAUUACAUAUCCUGAACACAAGAACUACACCUAUUCACUCCAAUUAGCUUCAAUCCUGGCUGGUAUUGACAUGGUCAUGAUUCCUUACAACUACACAGAGUUCAUCAAUGGUGUCACCAAUUUGGUUAAGAAGGGUGUCAUUCCCAUGAACCGUAUAGAUGAUGCUGUGACAAGGAUCUUGCGUGUCAAGUUCACCAUGGGCCUCUUUGAGAACCGGCUCGGUAAUUAUAAGCUUGCUCACAAGGUUGGAUGCAAGGAUCAUAGAGAAUUGGCAAGGGAAGCUGUGAGGAAAUCACUUGUACUGUUGAAGAAUGGCAAAUCCGGUGGAAAGCCUCUUCUGCCCCUCCCCAAGAAAGCAAAGAAAACCCUUGUGGCGGGAACCCACGCCCACAACUUGUACUACCAGUGUGGUGGCUGGACAAUUGAAUGGCAAAGACUUGGCAGCAACAACCUCACUUCCGGCGAAGUGCCUUAUGCAGAGACAAGGGGCGAUAACCAGAACCUGACCCUCCCUGCUUCCGGGCUGGAAACGAUCAAGAACAUUUGUGGGUCGGUUAAAUGUGUGGUGAUCGUCGUCUCCGGUCGCCCCCUUGUUAUUGAGCGCUAUCUUGAAUCGAUGGAUGCUCUGGUGGCGGCGUGGUUACCGGGAAGUGAAGGGCAGAGAGUGGCUGAUGUGGUCUUUGGGGACUUCGGAUUCACAGGGAAAUUGGCCCGGACCUGGUUCAAGAGAGUGGAUCAGCUUCCGAUGAACGUAGGUCGCCUUCAACCAAAUGAAUUUAUCAACUGGUUGCACACUGUGGAACGUGUGUUGGAACUCAAGGAUAUUCCUGACGACAAUCGUGUGAAGCUCGUCGCCAUCAAAUUAAAGAAACAUGCAUCCAUUUGGUGGGAGAAUCUCAAACACAGUCGAGAAAGAGAAGGCCGCAACAAAAUUAGAACUUGGGAGAAAAUGCAUCGGGAACUCACUCCAUUGAGGGUUGAAAAGCAAAUCUCAAAGAAGAAUAUUACUAUUGCUUCAAAACCACGAGAUUUUGAAGCUAGCCAAGGGACCCAAGCCUUAAAGAUUGUUGUUGAAACACCUGCCAAAGUUGAGAAGGAAGCUAGUUCAAGUUGUCCAGCCCAGCCUAACACUCGAAAGUGUUUCAAGUGUCAAGGAUUUGGCCACAUUGCCUCCAACUAUCCCAAUAGGAAAAUUAUCACCAUUAUUGGAGGAGAGAUUCAUGAAGUCUUAGAUGGUGAAGCAGAAAAGGAGAUUAGUGAUGAGAUUAAGCCACAACUUGAGGAAGAACUCAUCACAGCUGACCAUGGAGAAUCUUUGGUUGUGCGUCGAAGUCCUCAUGAUACCAUAACCAAGGAUGAAGAUUGGCUCCGACAUAACAUCUUUCACACCAGAUGUACUUCUCGAGGGAAAGUUUGCAAUGUCAUCAUUGAUAGUGGAAGUUGUGAGAAUGUUGUAUCUAGUUAUAUGGUUGAGAAGCUAGGAUUGCCAGUCAAAGAUCUUUCCCAUCCAUACAAGUUACAAUGGCUACAAAAGGGAAACGAGGUAAAAGUAACCAAAUGUUGCCUUGUCUCUUUUUCUAUUAGUAAUAGGUACCAAGACGAAGUAUGGUGUGAUGUUAUUCCUAUGGAUGCUUGUCACUUGUUACUUGGUCACCCUUGGCAAUUUGACCGAAAGGCUAUCCAUGACGGCCAUGCCAACACCUACUCGUUUGUGAAAGAUGGUGUGAAGGUCAAGCUCACUCCCCUGAAGCCUGAAGAAACACUUGAAAAGAAAGAUGAGGACAAGGCUUUGAUCUCCAGAUCAACCUUUCAGAAGUUGCAUCAAGAAUCGAGGACAGCUUGUCUCUUGCUAUUAUCUAAAGUGAAUGAUGCCACUUCCCCUUUUCUAGAGGAAAUUCGAUCUCUCCUUGAAGAAUUUUCCAAUGUUGUUCCUGAUGAGACCCCUCAUGGAUUACCGCGAACUCAAUGAAGCAAGGAUUCUAUCAUGGUUGUGCCUACAAGACCAGACUUCCAAGUGACUAUGGAGUCUCUACUACUUUUAAUGUUGCUGACUUAUCUCCUUACUAUGAGGAUCAUGAGCAUUGAACUCAAACUCGAGGACGAGUUUUCUCCAACCAAGGGAGAAUGCACCAAGAAAAAACAACAAGCAUG